GGGCUUUUGUGUGAGAGGUGGAGGUUAGGUUGAAGCUGGGCAGUGGGACGAAAAGGCAGCCUACAUAAGGAGCAGGGCGCAGUCAAACAGCUUCGAGGCUCAUUUAUUCUGAUCACGGGGCUUAAUCAUGAUUUUAAUCAGCUAAUUAAAAAUAAGUUAUUGCAAGUUCCGAGAUGAGAGUUUGAGAGAGAGAGUGUGUAUAUCUAUACAUAUCCCUGUAUGUGUGAACAAGAGUUCGCUUCAUCGCUGCAACAAAAAAAUAGCGUGGGAGUUAUUAGAGGAAAAACAGAAUCUGAAGGUUUAGUUUUCGUUUUUGUUUUAAAAUACAAAUCCCUGGCUUAAUAUUUCGGAAGCCACAGGGUUUUUUGAGUCAGGAGGAAGCAUUAACUAGAAGUGUCACCAAAGGGACUUGUAAUCUGCGGAAGUUGCAUUUUUUUGUGUCUCUGUGUGAGAAGAGGGGCAGCAGUAGCCAGCUUCCCGCACACCGAGCCGAGACUCCAGCCAGCGAGGCUUUCCCCUCCCCGAGUGAUGCUUUGUGUUGCGCUGUCUGCCCGCAAAUUUUCCCAAUCACCAUGAGCAUGACCAACGACACAUACGCAUUUGUAAAAGACAUUAAGCCAGGAAUGAAAAAUUUAAAUGUCAUCUUUAUUGUUCUGGAAAUAGGUCGAGUUACCAAAACUAAAGAUGGACAUGAAGUGAGGUCGUGCAAAGUAGCCGAUAAAACUGGCAGCAUCACAAUUUCAGUGUGGGAUGAGGUUGGAGGUCUAAUACAACCCGGGGAUAUCAUUCGCUUGACGAGAGGUUACGCUUCAAUGUGGAAAAAUUGCCUGACGCUGUACACUGGGAGAGGUGGCGAUCUUCAAAAAAUAGGAGAGUUUUGUAUGGUAUAUUCAGAAGUACCCAACUUUAGUGAACCAAAUCCAGACUACCUCAACCAGCUGAACCAAACAAACAAAGUUGCACAAAGUGAACAUAGAAACAAUUCUCCUCCUAGUCAGCUGGCUACAAAUGGACAGAUGCAAACAGGAAAUGGCUCACAAAGUGGGCCAUUGCAAGGGGGACUUCCCCCAUCAAGCAAUAAUCAUCAGCAGCAACAGAACCCUAACUUUAUAGGUGGUGGAAGAAGCAAUGGACGGGGACCAAUAAGUCAGCCACAGAUGACUCUAGCUCAAGGAUCUGCAGCUGUCGGCACUGUUAGCAAUGGAAGAGACCCACGUAGAGCAUUCAAAAGAUGAUGUGUGCCAUAUGUAUAUACCAGCCUUGUUCAACUCUACACCCUACUUGAACCCACUUGAUGCACUUUUAUUUUUACAUAACUGAGUUUGUAUGUAUUGUUUUGUUUUAGCCCUCUUUUAAGGUGGGGUUUUGAACUGUAAAACAUUGCCUCAAUAGCUGAGGUGUCUUGCAGUGUACAAGCUGCACAAAACUUUAUGGUCUGAAAAUGAGUUGUGAAAGUAGAGGUGAUUGUGUUGAGAGCAGUGGGGGAAAAGUUAAUUUUAGGUUAAAAAUGUCAAUAAAAUCAUUAAAUUACUGAUAGCAUGUAGUGAAAGGUAUUAUGUCACCUUUACUGUCAUCAGGAGUGUUAAGUUGAAUCUUGCUCAUGUAUCCUAUACUAAAUUUACAAAGGAUUGUUUCUUCAAGUGCUUUAUAAUGGCAUUGCAGGAAGUUGUCAUGAGGCUACAAUGAGAUUGAAAAAGCUGUUGCCUCAUUCUUUACAGUUCAUUUCUAGCAAGCAAUCUCAGGUUUCACCUUUAGCCUCUAAUCCAGCCAGAGUGGCAGUCUGGUGAUACAACUGGUUUGUUUCACCAGCUUAGAAGUGAGGGAAAAAUUACAGGCUUCCUGCUCCUGGCUGCUGAGCAAUGACUCUUGCUGGAGGAGUACGGGAUGGAGCUUGGUUGGAAUAUCUUAUCCAACUGUGCUUCAUUGAGUAGCUUGCAGCAAUAAAUUGAGGAAUGGUCACUAAGAACACAAGGUAGCUGGCAUCUGUUACCUUAUCUAUAAUAAAUCCCUUUUAAAUUGUUGGGGAGGGAUGGUUCAGAGGAAAUGCCACUGGUUGGGCUGGCAGGGGGUUGGUGGUUGUGGAGAACAGCCAUAGUUCAAAGCACAAAAGGAAAGGUAUUCUGAAACUUAAUUUUCUCUUUUGGGCAUCUGUUAUAACAUGGAGCAAUAUACUGCAGUAAUAGGUGCCUAUGCAAUCUAACAUUGGACCUGAACUGACAGGAAGGUUCUUACUAUUAUUGCCUCAAAUGUUUGUCACUGAAUGUGUAACUGCUCAUUUUAUAGGUCAGAUUUAACAUGCCUAUUUUCACAUUGUAAACUUGUGUCCAAGCAGACAUCAGUGAAGAUGCAAAAUGUACUAUGCUUAGACAUUACGGCAUGCUUAGCUAAGAAAUUUAUUUUUUCCUUCCAAUCCAAGCUGUCUGUCUCACUGCCUUCACUCUGCCCAGUUUUAAGCUAUGAUCCAAGCCCUACUCUAGAUAGUGUAAUCAUGUGUUCAAACUACUGCUGCAGUAUCCUGAUUGCUACAGUCUUUCAGCUGAGAUGUUAAAUUGAGGUCAAGACUGUCUCUCUUGGGUGAAUGUAAAAAUCCCUGUUGCACCAUUUUUGAAGAGGAGCAGAAAAGUUAUUCGUGUCCUAUCCAGAAUUUGUCUCACACCAGCAUUUCAUUGUCUGUGGGACCUUGACUGAAUUAGCUACCACAGUUGCUUAAAUUACAAUUGCGACCACAGUUCAAAAGUACCUCAUUGGCUGUCCUGAAAAUGCAAAAGGUAUUAUGCAAAUUCAGGUUUGUUCUUGUAUCUAUUUGCACAAAAGUAUGCAUCAAACCUCUGUUAUUUUACUUAUCAAUCUGUAGUUCUGGGUUAAUAAAAAUCCUUCACUUAGUACUGUACAGGGACUAGUAACAGCCUUUUCAGACUGCUCACAAAAUCCAUAUCAACAAAUGUUAAAUAUAGAGCAGCUGAAGUCUACAGCAAGGAUGGUGGAAAUAAUUUUCAAUGGAAGUUGUGGAACAUCUGGUGGGGUGUUUGGGGAAAUUGGCAUGAUGGAAAAGCCAACAGUUGAAAUUGGCUUAAGUUAGAUUUGGGUGAAUUUUUAGUGUUUUCCUUUUUAAAAACUAAUUAAUCUAUUAUGAUACUGAUGCAUUACAGCAAAUUGACUUUCUGAAUUGCUGUAGUGAUCAGAAAUGAAAAUUCUAAUAUGACUUGAUAAAUAACUAUUGUGCAUGCUUCAUAAGCAAAAGUUUAAGUGCUGGCUAAUUUGUACAAGUUUAAUUUUUAACACUUAAAUGAUUAGCAUUUUGCUGUACAAUGUAGGUUUAGUCAGGAAGCCCCUUAAAGUAAAUAUAUUGUGGUGCCCAAUUAAUUCAGAAUUAUUAAGACUUAUAGUGCUUAAGGCAUGGAGGUUUAGAUGUUAUAUGGUGUAUAUUAAUUUCCAUUUCUGCUCCUCUGCCCUGAGUUUGGUGCUAUGGCUUCUGCUACCUUCCCUAACUGGCUGUUUUGCAUACCUAGCAAACAGCUUAAUUCUACACACUGCUGACUUCCAUCAGGGCUGCUAGACUGUACUUGGGAGUAGGAUAUGUAGCAGUUUUGUCUUUUAUGAUCAGCCUUAUCCAAAACUGUUAAGAUUCCUUGUCAUGCUCCUGUUCUUGCUGUAUCUGAAAUAUGUGAUCUGGGGAUCAAAGCUUGUACUGCUUCUGGUCAAUGUGUCACUGGACUAGUAAUCCAGAGGCCCAGGCUAA